UCGCUCCACUACCUCUUGGCUCUUGUCAAAAACCCUCUGAAAAUUCUAGUAAUACUGCAUACUCUUUGUCCUUGGUGUAUGAGAGAGAGAGAGAGAGAGAGAGAGAGAGAGAGAGAGGGGAUGGGAGGACAUAAUGGAGGAGACGAAGAGGCGCCUCUGCCUCUAUUCGAAACAGAAGUGUCCAAGGGUAAACUUGCAUACAGGGUUUAUGCAGUCACGGUGUUGAUUGGGAUAUGCUCGAUAUGGGUGUAUAGGUCAAUAAACAUCCCAACAGCUGAAGAACAUGGAAGAUGGGCUUGGAUUGGUAUGUUCAUGGCCGAGCUCUGGUUUGGUUUCUACUGGAUCAUUACUUUAUCUGUUCGGUGGAACGUUACCCAUCGUUACCCAUUUAAGGAUAGGCUCAUAAACAGGUAUGGGGACAAGUUACCGGCUGUGGACGUGUAUGUAUGCACAGCGGAUCCCAGAAUAGAGCCUCCAACAAUGGUGAUUAGCACAGUUUUAUCAGUCAUGUCAUACAAUUACCCACCUGAUAGAUUGAGCAUUUACCUUUCGGAUGAUGGUGGCUCGGAGUUUACUUUCUAUGCUCUCCUUGAGGCUUCUCGUUUCUCUAAGCAUUGGAUACCAUUUUGCAAGAAAUUCAGCGUGGAACCCAGGUCUCCGGCAGCCUAUUUUGCUCAGAAUUCUAACCCAAAAGACAUAACAGUUCCAAAAGAGUGGUUGGAUAUUAAGAAACUUUAUGAAGAUAUGAAAUGCCGGAUAGAAUCAGUCAUCGAAAAAGGUGGUACUUCAAAAGAUAUAAGGGAUCAACACAAAGGGUUUUUGGAAUGGAACUCUGAAGUGAUGAAGCAGGAUCAUCAGUCCAUUGUACAGAUUUUAAUCGACGGAAGGAACCCGGAUGCAGUGGAUGAUGAUGGUCAUAAAUUGCCAACACUAGUGUACUUGGCAAGAGAGAAGAGACCUCAGUUCCCUCAUAACUUCAAAGCUGGGUCCAUGAACUCACUGAUAAGAGUAUCUGCAGAAAUAAGCAAUGCGCCCAUUAUCCUUAACGUGGACUGCGAUAUGUACUCAAACAAUUCAGAUGCAAUAAAGGAGGCACUCUGCUUCUUCAUGGAUAAAGAGAGGGGCCACAAGAUAUCAUAUGUGCAAUAUCCGCAGAGUUAUGAUAACAUCACCAAGAAUGAUAUUUAUUCAAAUGCAGUCAGUGCAAUUCAUAAGAUUGAGCUUGCUGGCAUAGAUGGAUGGGAUGCGGCCUUGUUCUGUGGCACAGGAUGCUUUCAUCGGAGAGACAGCCUUUGUGGACUUAAGUUCUCCAAAAACUACAGAGGAGAAUUGAACAGUCAGUGCAACAUAACGAAAGACAGUUCUGUCCAUGAUUUGGAACGAGGAUCAAAAGUUCUUGCAAGUUGUAGCUAUGAGAAGGGCACACAAUGGGGAAAAGUGAUGGGAUUGAUGUACAUGUGUUUGGUGGAAGACACCAUAACUGGAUUGACAAUACAAUGCAGAGGAUGGAAACCAGUUUACUACAAUCCAGAAAGGAAGGCCUUUCUGGGUGUGGCUCCAAACACCUUAGAUAUAUCACUUGUCCAGCACAAGAGGUGGUGUGAAGGCAUGUUUCAUAUUUUCUUGUCCAAGUACUGCCCCUUCACAUAUGCUUAUGGCAAGAUCAAACUAGGUGCCCAAAUGGGCUACUGUCUGUACCUUUUGUGGGCUCCUAAUUCCUUCGCCUUGCUCUAUUAUCUCAUCAUCCCUUCUAUUUGCCUGCUCCGCAGCAUUCCUUUAUUUCCAGAGGUGUCAAGCCUAUGGUUCUUGCCUUUUGCAUAUGUAUAUGCAGCCAGGAAUGCUUGUAGCAUAGCUGAGGCCCUGGCAUGUGGAGACACACUCAAAGCAUGGUGGAACUCUCAACGGAUGUGGCUGUUUCGAAGGACGACUUCCUACCUUUUCGCCUUCAUUGACACCGUGUCUAGGCAAUUGGGUUUCUCACAAUCUGCAUUUUCCAUCACGGCUAAAGUGGUCGACGACAAUGUGUUGGCGAGGUAUGAGGAAGGGACCAUGGAGUUUGGAACCUCUUCACUCAUGUUCACAGUUAUAGCAACGUUGGCUUUGCUGAACCUUUUUGGCUUUGGUGGGGGAAUUUUGAAAAUCAUUUGGGGUUACGGUUUUGCCGAAGGCUUGACUGUGCAAAUUGGCCUUUGCUUGGUAGUGGUUAUGAUUAAUUUGCCGGUGUACCAAGCACUCUUCUUGAGGGAUGACAACGGCCGGAUUCCGUCUUCGGUUAUGUUUAAAUCUCUUUUUGUGGAAUUCGCCGCGGUUUUGAUACUCGCAGUUUUAUCGAGCCUUCAACAAGAGGUGUUGGGAAUAAGAUUUGUGAUAGAUAGGGAAGAAUGCUUCUCGCACAAUGUUGAGUACGCUAGGGACACCAUUCAUUUCGCCUUUGUGGUAAUUAAGUCUGAGGGCGCAUGGCAUUAUUCUCCGGAUGGGGUUGAUCUUGUGGUGAAGGGACCUUCUGGUGAGCAGAUCCAUGAUUUUCAUGACAAGACAAGUGAGAAGUUUCAGUUUGUGGCUCAAAAGAAUGGGCUACACCGUUUCUGCUUCACUAACAAGUCUCCUUAUCAUGAAACCAUCGAUUUUGAUGUACACGAAGCCCAUUUCACAUACCAUGACGAGCAUGCAAAAGAUGAGCAUCUCAAGCCUUUGCUUGAACAAAUAGCAAGGAUAGAGGAGGCUUUAUACAACAUUCAAUUUGAACAGCAUUGGCUAGAGGCUCAGACUGAUCAACAAGCAAUAGUUAAUGAAGGAAUGAGCCGGAGGGCAAUUCACAAGGUUUUGUAUCAAUCAGCUGCUCUGACAGGGGCUGGUGUUCUCCAAGUUUACCUUCUACGACGCCUCUUUGAACGGAAGUUGGGGAUGUCCAGAGUUUAGGUUUUGCAUCGUGUGGGAUAUUUAUGAUUGUAGAACUUUGGACCUGGGUUUUUGGUCUUUGUUCUCUCUUAUUUACAGAAACAUGUUUAGCCUCGAUUAGCAAUUCAAAUUGGAGGCUUGUGACUGUCAGAUGACUCAGUUUAAAAAUAUUUUCAUACUUAUUUUGUUGGUUUGUCAGCCUGACGGCUACACUGGUGAGGCUGGCGAGCAACUUCUCACAGAAAAAAAUGUUAGCCGUAUUGUAUGGAGGGAACCAAUCUUGUGAUUUUUGCAAAACAGCUGCAGAAAAAUCAUUAAGCACAUACCAUUUUGUGACC